CUCAAAUGUAUGAGCUAAAGGAGCAAAUUUCUUUUUAAUUCUUGAGUUUAGGGAGUUUCUUCGUUGUAUUCAGUCUUUGUUCUUUGUUAAUAUAUUUCUCCUAUAGUUCUGAAAAAAGAAAAAACGUUGAUCGAUCAUUCAUUAUUUGCACAGUAUCAACCUCCAUAACUUUAUUAAUUAAUAUUAUCCUGGUCGCCGAAAACAAUGAAAAUUGAAAAUAAACAAUUGUCAACAAGCGGCCCCUUUUGAAAAGAUAUAGCUUCCAGAGCUGUUUUUCCACGCAAUGGCGAUUGACCACCAUAAAUCCCCAAAACACAAUCCAUAUUAGGAAGAUUCACACUUCCAAUCCCCCCACAAAUUUAUCAUCAACAGCCAAGAAAUCAUGAUCCCAUUGAAGGUAAUUCCUGUUCUAGCAACAAUUUUCCAUUUCCUCGUCCGAUCCUUGUCCGCAUCGCCGGUCGCCAUUACUGUGAGCUCGAGAUCCAUUCCCAAAUCCAGCGACCCGAUCACGAUCCGAUGGUCCGGCAUUGACUCCCCGUCGAAGCUUGAUUGGCUUGGCAUCUACUCACCUUCGAACUCCUCGCACGCAGACUUCAUCGGCUACAUCUUCCUCUCGUCCUCGCCCGGAUGGCCGUCCGGGUCGGGCUCCAUUACGCUCCCGUUGAUCAACCUGAGAUCCGAUUACCAGUUCCGGAUCUUCCACUGGACGGAGUCGGAAAUCAACCCGAAAAAGCAGGACCACGAUCACAACCCUCUGCCGGGGACCAAGCAUCUCCUGGCAAAAUCGGAAACGAUCCGAUUCGAACCAGGCCGUGGGCCCGAGCAGAUUCAUCUGGCGUUGACGGGCCGGGAUGGGGAGAUGCGGGUCAUGUUCGUGACGCACGACGGGAAAGAUAAUUCCGUGAGGUACGGCUUGGCCCGGGAUAAACUGAUUCAGGUCGUGAAUACCCGGGUAUCGAGGUACGAGAGGGAAGAUAUGUGCGAUGCGCCGGCCAAUGAGAGCGUGGGGUGGAGGGACCCUGGGUUUAUCCAUGAUGGUGUGAUGUUGGAUUUGAAGGAAGGAAAGAGGUACUAUUAUCAGGUCGGUAGUGAUUCCGGUGGCUGGAGCUCCACACACACCUUCAUAUCCCCAAUCAAGGACUCAACCGAGACAAUAGCCUUCCUAUUCGGCGACAUGGGCACCGCCACACCCUACUCGACCUUCGUCCGCACACAAGAAGAAAGCAUCUCGACCAUCAAGUGGAUAAACCGCGACAUCGACGCCAUCGGCGACAAGCCCGCUUUAAUCUCACACGUAGGUGACAUAAGCUACGCCCGCGGCUAUUCCUGGCUUUGGGACAACUUCUUCAACCAAAUCGAACCCGUCGCCUCCCGAGCCCCUUACCACGUCUGCAUCGGCAAUCACGAAUACGACUGGCCGUCUCAGCCUUGGAAGCCCGAAUGGUCAUACUCGGUUUACGGCAAAGACGGCGGCGGCGAGUGUGGGGUCCCUUACAGCCUCCGCUUCCUCAUGCCCGGAAACUCAUCCGAGCCCACGGGCACGCGGGCCCCGCCAACCCGAAACCUCUACUACUCGUUUGAUUUUGGAGUGGUGCAUUUCGUUUACUUGUCGACCGAGACUAAUUUCCUUCCUGGGAGCAAACAAUACGAAUUCUUGAAAAACGACUUGGAGUCGGUUAAUCGGGUCAAAACUCCUUACGUGGUCGUGCAGGGUCACCGGCCCAUGUACACGACGAGCCGCGAGACGAGGGAUAAGCCCUUUAACGAGAGGCUGCUCGAGAAAAUUGAGCCUCUUCUCGUGAGAAACAACGUGACUCUCGCGCUGUGGGGCCACGUGCACAGGUACGAACGUUUCUGCCCGAUGAGGAAUUUUACGUGCGGAGAAUCGGGCCCGGUGCAUAUGGUGAUCGGGAUGGCGGGCCAGGACUGGCAGCCCGUUUGGGAGCCGAGGCCCGAUCACCCGAACGACCCGAUUUUCCCGCAGCCCGUGAGGUCGAUGUAUCGUGGGGGGGAGUUUGGGUACGUGAGGCUGUUUGCGGAUAGGGAGAAGCUCACGGUGUCGUAUGUGGGGAAUCAUGAUGGGGAGGUGCAUGAUGUUGUGGAGAUAUUGGGUUCGGGCCGGGUUUUUGACGGGCGGGCUGGUGGUGGUGGUAAUGGUGGUGGUGGUGCUGUUGCAAGACGUGAGUGGGGCCCGCCCGCAGCGUCGUGGUAUGUUAUGGUGGGGAGCGUAUUGGUUUUGGGGGGUUUUGUGGGUUAUGUUUUGGGGUUUGUCUCGCGUGCGGUGAGGGAAGGUGGGUUCGGGAUGAGGUGGACGGCUGUGAAAAAUGAGGAGGCGUGAAUUCUUGAGAAUGUAUCAAUGGCUAAAUGUGAUGAAAACAAAAACAACUGCUGCAAAUUGAGAAGAUAAGUUCACCUGAUUUGACAAGUGGUGACAAAGGAAUUUGUUCGAAAAAUUCCUCCACCGACAGAGAACAUCUCCUCAAGAAUAACACAGAGGCUGGCGUAAACAAGGAGUGAUGGCUCGAAGGAAGUUUUACGCUUGGCGGUUUUGCUCUUGCGGUUGUCGGAUUCGGGGUCAAAGUCGAAGGGGUUCGUGGGGCCCGCCGAGGUCUGUGCGAGCUGUUUACGGAAGCCCAACAUUUAUUUAUUUAUUUGCUUAUUUUUAUUUUUAUUUUUUU